GAGAGAGAGAGAGAGAAGAAAAGGGGGAGGGAUUGUUGUUGCGUCUGCUGCUGCUGUCACUCGGUUGCUGCGCGGUUCAGCAGCAGGAAGGGUCUGGUGACUGGAGGAGAGAAAUGAGCAAGAGAGAACGAGAGGAGAGAGAGAGAAAGAAAGGCAGGAACGCCGGGGCAGUGGUGAGGCAGCAGCAGACAGACAGGAAGGCAUAGGGAGGAAGAGGCGAGAGGAGACAGAAUUAGCCUUUUCUUCCUGCCUUAAAGAGAAAGAACAGAGAAGAAAGAAAGAAAGGGCAGAGCUUGUGCAAUCUUCCUCUCCUCCCUCGUCCUCUACUCUAGGCUGUAGCUGCUCUAAAUGCUCUCCCGCAGAGGAAGCGUCUUGGGGGCAGCGUAAGAGGCAGAAAAGAAGGGGGGGAGAGGGGGGGUGCGGCACGCCAGAGCAAGCAGGAGGCACGCAAGCGCACGGCUGCUACGGAGGGCAGAGUCACUGGCAUGGCUGCCAAGCGAGGCAAGUCUGGCGUGCCCCAGAGCGUGGCGCGGAGUGAGCUGAAGGUCUACCGCACGGCCGGCAGCGGAGAGGGACGCAUCCCUGUGGCCGCCAGCCUGCGCAAGCAGCGCUCCCUCACCAAUCUAGCCGUGCUGACGGAUGCCGAGAAGAAGAUGCAGCUGUAUGAGCCCAAAUGGUGUGACGACAUGGGCAAGGGUGGCCAGGGCCACCUGAAGGCGGGCAAGCCCAAAGCGGUGGGCGGGGGAGGCGGUGGGGGUGGUGGUGGAGCCCAGCUCUCACGGAGCCUUUCCAAAUCAGAGCACUCGCUGUUCCAGGCCAAGCCCAAGCCCUUCACCUCACUGGCAGCGCCCGGAGCGCUGGCCAAGACACAGAGCCGCAUCCCGCGUGGUCCCUAUGCAGAAGUAAAGCCCCUCAGCAAAGCCCCAGACGACAGCAAGUCGGACGAUGACAUCCUCUCCAGCAAGACUAAGACCACUGGAAAGAAGCCUGCAGCCGGGGCACAAGGGGAAUCCGAGACCAAAGGUCAGGGUGAGGAAGGUGCUGAUAAGCCUUUCUUGAAGGUGGAUCCUGAGCUGGUGGUCACAGUUCUUGGGGACUUGGAACAGUUACUCUUCAGUCAGGUGCUUGAUCCAGAGUCUCAGAGGAAGCGCACUGUUCAGAAUGUUCUGGAUCUCCGGCAAAAUCUGGAGGACACCAUGUCCAGCCUGCGAGGGACCCAGCUCACCCAUGGUUGCCUGGACGGCAGCGUUUGUUACGACAGUGACGACCCUACCGGCCGUAGUGUCUCCAGCCUCUCUGGCCGCUCAUCCCCUCUGUCGUGGCGGCAUGGGCAGGCCAGCCCUCGCCUGCAGGCUGGCGAUGCGCCCUCCUCCACGGGCGGCGGCUACUCGCUGGGUCCCAGGGCUUCGUCCCAGUAUGCCUCACACACCAUGCCUGCCCGCUGCUCUGGCCGUCUCGGGCAUACCCCCCGCGCUGACCUCAUUGAAGGCCUGGACGCCGGGGACAGCGACUCCAAGUCUGGCUACCUGAGCGACUCAGACCUGCUGAGCAAAAGUCUGAAUGAUGAUGACGAUGAUGACGACAACUUGGCUAACGGGUGGGAUGAGAGCAGUUCCAUCAGCAGUGGUUUGAGUGACGGCUCUGAUAAUCUGAGCUCAGAGGAGCUGAACGCUAGCUCCUCCCUCAACUCGCUCCCCACCACGCCUGUAGGCUCCCGACGCAACUCCUCCGUCAUGCUGCGGACAGAUGCAGAGAAGCGAUCUUUGGUGGAAAGCGGUUUCGCUUGGUACAGCGAGGACAGCAAGGCCAUGCGGAAGUCUGACAGUGGGGCCUACGACACAGGCAGCUUGAAAACUGAGUCCUCCAGCAAGUACCGGAAGAGCAGGCCAGCAGAGGGUGCUGUUCAGGAAAAAGCUGGCAGAGGGGAGCUGAAGAAGCCACAGAGUCUCGCCCAGCCAGGCAGCUUCAAAAAGGGACGAAAUCCUCCAGUUGGUGUCACGUCUCCAAUCACACACACAUCCCAGAGUGUGCUGAAAGUGGCAGCAUCUAGAGGGGACGCUAAAGUCAUGGAUAAACAGAAGUUGUCCCUGAAGACAUCAGGUCUGCAGCGUUCCCGCUCUGACGCUGGCCGGGAGAGUGUGGAGCACCGCAAGCCCCCCUCGGGCCUGGUUAAGCCUACCGCUGGCAGCUUUGGCUACAAAAAACCCAACACCACAGUCACCUCCACCGUCAUGACCUCUGGAGGCACUGCCAUCUCCAGUGGAUCUGCCACGGUGGGCAAAAUCCCCAAGGCAUCAGGCAUUCCUUCCAAGCCGACGCCUAGUGGGAGCCGGAAGAACAGUUUGGAUGGCAGCAGCGGCGAGAACGGCUUCCUUGCACCCAAUGCCCGAGGGAGCAUCCAGUAUCGAAGCCUGCCCCGCCCUGCCAAGUCCAGUGCCAUGAGCCUGACCGGCAGGGCCACUUCGCGCCCUGUUAGCGGCACCAUGGAUACCAGCCUCCUCACCCUCAAGCCUGUGGCCGCUCUGCCUACCACCGUGCCCACCAGGGGAAAGGACGGAGGUGCCUUGAAGCCACCGAGUCGACCCAGCAGCACAGGGCCUGUCAACCAAACAGACCGCGAAAAAGAGAAGGAGAGGGCCAAGGCCAAGGCAGAUCUGGAGGGCGGCUCUCUGAAGGGCGACAUGCAGGGCGAGAGCUGCGGAGAGGCGGUGGAGAAGAUCCAGAGGGUGCGCAGGACCAGCACCAGUAAAUACCCAGAACUGAGCUCUCCAAGCACUACACCGAGAAUGCUGGCUAAGUCUCUGGCCCACCCUCCAAGCCUGGCUCACCUGGACAAAGUCAACUCCAACAGCCUGGACUCCUGCGUGACCAUCGAGGACCUCCCCCCUAAGAUCCCGCCCUACUCCAAGUUACAGGACCUUGCAGGCUCUCACGUGACACCCCGCCUGACCCCAAGCCCAGCCCCCGUGCUCCACAUCGACUCCCCUGGCUGCUUUUCUGGCCAGGCCCUUUCUCUGAGCAGCUCCCCUCUGCUCUACCCCAAGAUGUCAGGCGCCCACCGCAGUAUGGAGUCCCUAUCUCUGCACAUGAGCCUGCCACCCAGUGUGGAUCUGAGGGAUCGGGAGGAGCUCAGGGCCACAGGCACCUGGGGGGCCGGGAGUAGGACGUCCAUCACUUUGACUGACAGUUUACAAACUGAUAGGAACACCUUACCCAAGCAAGGACUGAGUCGCUAUGGCAGUGGCCAAUCGGAUGGAGAGGGCAAGGAACGCCGCCACUCCCACACGAUCAUGAGCAUGACUGAGUCGGAGAGUCCACCCCAGCUCCCCUCCCCCACUCACUUGGCACAGUCCUAUCCUGGCAAAACACCGCCUACCAACGUGGUCACUCCUAUUCCAAGCUCAAGCACCCCUCGUAUCAGCCGCUCCAACAGCAUCCCCGCCAAUGAGGUUGGCUACGACCUGUACGCCAGCUCCCCGCUGGGAAGCUCCAUCUCCCUGGCUGACCGGCCCAAGAGUGUGAUGCGCUCCGGGUCCUUCCGAGAGCCUGGAGAAGAUGUACACGGCUCUGUGCUGUCCCUGGCCUCCAACGCCUCAUCCAACUACUCUUCAACAGAGGAGAGAAUGCAGGGAGAUCAAAUUCGAAAACUAAGACGUGAGCUCGAAGUAUCUCAAGAAAAAGUGGCCACCCUGACCAACCAGCUGUCUGCUAACCAGGCAGGCCAGGCCAACCUGGUAGCAGCUUUUGAACAAAGUUUGACACUCAUGACUGCUCGUCUUCAGAGUCUGUCGGUCACCUCCGAACAGAAGGACUCUGAGCUCCAGGACCUAAGGGAUACCAUAGAAACCUUGAAAUCCAAGAACACAGAGGCCCAGGUCAUCAUCCAGGGAGCACUCAGCAACCCUGAAACCGCACCCAAUGAACUACCAAUCGACAGGCAGAAUUCGUCCGAGAGCAUCUCCAGCAUGAACAGCAUCACUAGCCAUUCCAGCCUGGGUAGCCUGAAGGAGCAGGACGCCAAGAAGAAGAAGAAGAAGAGCUGGGUAUAUGAGCUGAGGAGUUCCUUUAACAGGGCAUUUAGUAAGAAGGGCUCCAAGUCAUAUGCAGACAUUGAGGAAAUCGCCACCCCAGAGUCUUCAGCCCCCUCCUCCCCUAAAAUCCACCAUGACUUGGACAAACCACCCUCCUCCUCUAAAGCUUCUACUUCUGGCUCCUCUGGACUGGGAGAGAGCCAGGAGGAUACAGAGGGUGAUGAGAAAGUGGUGUCGGAGCUGCGCUCGGAGCUCUGGGAAAAGGAGCGCAAGCUCACGGACAUCCGGCUGGAGGCCCUUAGCUCUGCCCACCAGCUGGAGCAGCUCCAGGAGGCCAUGAGCAAGAUGCAGAUGACUGUAGAGAAUCUGAAGGCAGAGAAUGACCAUCUUAAGACAGGUGGCUCCUCCUCCAGGCCCCCAAGCUCCACCUCCCAGUCUUCAGGACUGGGGUCAUUGGGCGCCUCAUCACCACGGCAAUCGGUGGCCUCUCUUAGCAAGACCUUCAGCAUGGGAGCUAAUGAAAACAUUAACAUAGAUGUUUUUCAAAGUCCUGCCUCAACCCUCCAGAAGGAUGAGAGCCUGGUCAAAAUUGUCGUGCGCAUACCAAACCAGCAAGUCAUUAAAGAGGAGGUGAAACAGCUGGAGUUUUUCAUUGGCUUGAUCAAACUCAGUGGCAAGACUGACUGGUCUACUCUGGACUGUGCCAUCAGCCAGGCUUUCAAAGACUACAUAUCAGUGGUGGACCCGGGUGCCAGCCUGGGCCUUUCUCAGGAUUCCAUCUAUAGCUACAGCCUGAGCCACCUCAAGAGGGUGCUGGGCGCCCAGCCACCAGAGACCCCACCUGUACGCUGCUUCAGCAAGAGCUCCACCUGCAUCAGUGUGACCCUCAAAGGUCUGAAGGAGAAGUGUGUGGACAAUGUGGUGUUUGAGACACUUGUCCCCAAGCCCAUGAUCCAGCACUACAUCAGUCUGCUGCUGAAGCACAGGCGUCUGAUCCUGGCAGGCCCCAGUGGCACAGGGAAGACCUACCUCUCCUCCCGCCUCGCCGAGUACCUGGUGGAGCGAAGCGCGCGGGAGCUCACCCCUGCCAUCGCCAUCACCUUCAACAUGCACCGACAGUCCUGCAAGGAUCUCCAGCUUUAUCUGUCCAACCUGGCCAAUCAGAUUGACCGGGAGACCAGCACCUCUGAAAUCCCAUUGGUUGUAAUCUUGGAUGAUGUCCAUGAUGCUGCAUCCAUCAGUGAAUUAGUUAAUGGUGCUUUAACCUGUAAAUAUCACAAAUGUCCAUACAUUAUAGGGACCACCAAUCAGCCAGUAAAGAUGACCCCCAACCACAGCCUGCACCUUAGCUUCAGAAUGGUUAUGUUCUCCAAUAACGUGGAGCCAGCCAAUGGCUUCCUGGGGCGCUAUCUGCACAGGAAGCUGAUGGAAGCGGAAGACCACCGAAGGCUGACUAAUGAGGAUCUCUUGCAUGUGCUAGACUGGGUGCCUAAGCUCUGGUACCACCUCCACACCUUCCUGGAGAAGCACAGCACCUCCGACUUCCUCAUUGGCCCGUGUUUCUUCCUGUCCUGUCCGGUGACGGUAGAGGAGUUUCGCUCCUGGUUCAUUGACCUGUGGAACCAUUCCAUCAUCCCUUACCUGCAGGAGGGGGCCAAAGAUGGCAUCAAGGUCCAUGGUCAGAAGGCAGUGUGGGAGGACCCAGUGGAGUGGGUGCGGGACUCUCUCCCCUGGCCAUCUUCCCAGCAGGACCAGGCCAAGCUCUUCCACCUGCCUCCGCCCAGCACGGGACCAGCCAGUCCCAGCCAGCCUGGAGACGAACGACCCCACAAGGAGACCCCUCCCAGUUCCAUGGAGUCUGACCCCCUGAUGGCAAUGCUGUUAAAACUUCAGGAGGCUGCCAAUUAUAUUGAAUCUCCAGAGAAAGAGACUGACCCCAAACUGCCCACACUUUGAACCGAGUAUAAACUUGAGCCCUCAUCCACAUCUUCAUCUCUCCAGUGGUUCUCAAAAUACACUGAGGUCCAAACACAAACUCACCUGUUCAUGUUGUAAAUCCCUCAAAAGAUACUGCACUGUCCCAACAUGCAUCACAAUCUUUUUUGGUUUCUUCAUCUCAUUUUGCAUUUUCAUUUUUAUUGAUUAUAAUGUUAUAUAUACAUUUCAAGAAUAAUGGUUAAAUGUCAAAAGAACCAUAGUUACUUUGUUCACAAACAAUUUAAAAAAAUGAUAUGCUUCUAUUUGCAGAUCAUAGACAGAGUACAUAUAACAUAAGUAAUUUUAUUUUCUGGGAGCCCUUACUGUUCCACUGCUGCCCAAACACACCUCAAGGAAAUGGGUGCUAACUCCUAACUGCAAGCGUGCACAUAAAACAUUCACUUCAGCGCUUCAUAAUCAUGGACAGCAGCACAUGCGGUUGGGCACCAUCCCAAGGCCGCAGUCCUCUUCCUUGAGCGCUGGCACAGCUGUGCUCUGCCGAUUGCACCACCCGGGCACACACUUAAGAUAUCUGCCAUCAUCAAGUUAGACUGCACAUGAGCACGUAUGACAAAUAUGAAUGCCAGAGACACUUUGGCAUCAUGCAGGACAAAGUUAUUCUCCGUUGCCAGCAGAAAUUCUUUCAGAUGAACAGGAAUGCCUUAAAACUGCAAUGUCCCUGAAAGAGACUGUUCCCUGGUUGUUCUGUAGAGGGCAGUGUUUAUCUCAAAACUUGUGUUGCAUGUAUAUCUGGCAAUGUUGGGACAGACAGUAACAGAAUUUCAGUCACACAUAGUAAAAAGGAAGAGGAGGCUUUCCGAAAGAUCCCAACAGUUUAAAGGUCAUUGCCAUAAGAAUAUAGGUACUGUGGACUGUUCUUUUUAUUGUAACAGGUAGUGUAGGUCAAUUUUAUUUGGCUUUGAAACAGAUCUCAGCUCAGGGGGUUAGUAAUCUCAGGCAUCCAAUUAUGAAUAUUUAAUACUGAUGUCCUCUGUCAACUGCUCUAGUUUGUAGUGAAUGGUGCAAAAUAUCUCAAAAUGCAAAAACCAAAUACACUAGUGUUUGGACCUGCUCUGUAUCAGCUUCUUGCUUAGAGUGGGAUGAGAAACUACCCCUAUGAAACUGUUAAGAGCUGUUAAAUAUGUGUAAAAGAAACAUAAGAUUGCUUUUGAUUAUUUGGUGCUAUAAAACACCCCUCUGUAGGAAAAUGUCUCAUUUUCCCAUGCAAUUGUCUUAUAUUAACAGUAUAGGUGCUUGAUCACAGUAAAAUAGCCUUAUGAUCUCAUAGCUUACAAGGGCAUCUUCAUAAAAUUACUGAGGAACAAGUCAUCCCAUAACUUUUACAACUUAUUUGUACUCUUUUUACUUUUAAUGGUUACUUUAGCAUGUGUUAACAUUAUACUUCAUCUAAUGUUAACAUUAUUCUUCAUCUAUUCAUCAUCAGAUUUGUCUUUACAACAUAUUAUAACAGCAUUUUUUCUGGUAAUAACAUUAAAGUUGAAGCUGCAUGCUGUUCUUUAGAGGAUCAGUAGGCCCUGCAGUAAUCCAUGAGUCUCAAACUUUGAUAACAAGCUUGACUAGGAAUGUACUGCAUACACUAUAGCAGUGGUGGACCAGUAAUUUCUCCUCAUCUCUACCUGAAAAUACAAAGCAUAUUGAAGCGUGCAUGUGGACAGGCAAAGCUAGGUUGAGUGAGUCUUGGUAAAGUUAAAAGCUCACACCAUUCCAUUUCUGUAUGCAUUUAUAAUUACAUUUAUUUUUGCCUUAUAGACAUUGUAUGCUGUCAUUUCACAUUCAUCUAUGUAAAUAUGUCACUGACAAAACCAGGGGGGUAGGGUCUUGGAAUGGUCAGGUAGGAUCAGCUAAAUGAAGCAGGAAAGUGUACAUUGGACCAGAAAAGUCCCAUUGGGAUUUCUCAUGUUAAUAUAAGACUGUAUUUCUGAAGUUUCUUUGCACUGCUGCUUUCUACCUCCUGUGUCGGAGUUCCAUUUAAUUGCAUCCAUUAAGACUUAUAACAGUGUUUUAAUAGCUUUCUUUGCCUAGCCCAUUCAACUUUUGUUUUUUUUGUUUUUUCUUCUUUUGCUUGUUUGAUAACACAUUUUACAUCAGGCAAUGUUAUGAAGAGAGACUGGGUUUUAUAACAUAAGUGUUAUUGGUAAUUUACCAUAAAAUUGAACUACAUUUUAACCUGAGGAGCAUGAGUCCAGUCUCUCUACCUUGUAGGCUGUCUGGCUUCAGUGCAGCAGUUCAGAAGAGACUACAUUCGUACCACCAAUGAUACCUGCUCCUUGUUUCAAAAAGCCUCUUUGUGAAGUAGGAUGUUGGUAACAGAAGCCAUUGUGCUCAAUCUGAAUCAUGUCCCUGGUUCCUGUGCCUGUAACUCUGUGAUGGCUGUGAUGUGUUGUGCUGUGUCUUGCUCACAGGACUAUUCAACAACUUACUGUUCACUUUGACUGGCAGAGAGUAAGGGUAAUGUCUGGUUAUAUCAAAUCACUGAUUUUAUUUUUUAUUUUUUUGUUUUGUUUUGUUUUGAAGUGAGGUGCAUCUCACUCCAUCAUCAUCAUCAUCAUCAUCAUCAUCAUCAUAUCUCUGUCUUUUGGAAUGCUCUGAACAGUACAUAUAAUAUAGAAUACAAAAUUGUCUAUUAUUUCACUGCAUUGGGGUACUGUAAUGCCCAGAGGUGCAUGUUGGGGUUUGGGGAGGGCUAUUUUUAUUUCCCACGGAAAUUGUAUCCUGUAAACUCACCAGUAUUACUGUGGAGCCCCAGAAAAUUGAAUUUAAUCGAUGCAGUUAAAGUAGAUACCAAACACUGGUGGUGAUAUUUUUUUUAUUAUUUAAAUUUUUUUUAACGAUCAUUUGUUCACUCAUUUUUGCAUUAUUCAGCCUCGAUAGCUUAAUGUGAUUUAAAAGUAGUUUUACUUUCCCUGAGGAGUGUAAAAUUAAUGUUUAAACUAUAAACAGUAGUCUAUGAAAUUAGACCAAGGUCACAAGAAGUUGUUGAACAGUCCCCAAAGUUCAUGCAAUGCUUGUUAUUGAUUCAAAAUUAAAAUAGUACUAUCAAAGGUAUGGUAACUAAUGUAACUUGCAAUAGACGUGUAAUGGGUUUCUAAAUGUUGUAAAAGCAUGUCACCUUGGCGUGAAACAGAAUUCGGAACAUGGUCUACCUAAUUUUUGGCCAUUUUAACAAGAUAUUGCUUUCUUAUUUGUAAUUUUCCCCAAGAGAAUAAUUUAGACAAGUUAAUCUCCUUUUUUUUUUGUACAGAAUGUCAUAAUUGUAUACAUUGUAAAUAGCCAAGUCAUUUGCGACAACAAUCGUUUAGGAUAAGAAAAGUCUAGUAGAGAAAUGUGGUUUGUAAGGGGAAAAUUGUGCUUAUUCUGUUCUGCGUGGCCCUACAAACCUGUGGGGGAACUCGCAUGCUCCUGGAGGUUUCUGCAUAACAACCAAUCCAACGUUGUCCGUCUGCCAUAAUAAAACCACAUCAUUCUUUAAUGCUCCUGUUCUCUGGUCUGUUUACCUAUCCAGCAUAAAUGCCAUUUUAAUGUUUCCCAAAGUUUACAGUUAUGCUUUGUUUAUAUUUUUUCACUCCUACACUGAUGAACCAGUUCAUGCUACUAAUCCAUUUUGAUAUAUAAACAUGUUUAAGAUGGUAAGCAAAUGGAUACUUUAAAA